AUGGUGGAGCUCGCCAAGCUUCUUGUCCACCGCCACUCCACCCUCGUCGUCUCCAUCCCCGUCAUCACCUCCCUCUCCACCGCCGCCGCCGUCACCCGCUACACAGACUCGCUCGCUGCCCCCGACUCCGAUUUGAGCCCACGUGUCAAGCUACUCCACCUCGCUAACGACGACGACCCAUCUGCUCCAGCCGGCAGCGUUUUCGCUCUCAUCCAAUCUCAAAAGCCCCGAGUCACGGAAGCCGUCUCCGCCGAGCUCACUCGCUCCGGGGGUCGACUCGCCGGCUUCGUCCACGACAUGUUCUGCACCUCCAUGUUGGACGUGGCAGAGGGAUUCGGCGUUCCUUCUUACAUUUACUUCACCUCCGGCGCCGCAUUCCUCGGCUUUGUUCUCCGUGCCCAGGAGUUGCACGACCAGGAAGGAGUUGACCUCACCGAGUCCAAGGAAUUGGCCGAGUUGGCCAUCCCGACUUUGAAGCACCAGCUUCCACGUAAGGUUAUCCCUUCCAGCUUUCUCAACAAGGAAUGGGCGUCUGUGGUACACACGAUGGCAAGAGAUUUUAGGAAGACCAAGGGUAUUCUCGUCAACACCGUGAAGGAGCUGGAGUCAUACGCCGUCGACUCCCUCUCGUCGGGAGAAAACAACACCCCCAAGGUGUAUCCGUUGGGACCCAUUCUGAAUCUGAAGGCCGAGAAGUCGGAUGGGUCGAUUCAGUGGUUGGACCAACAACCCGAAUCCUCGGUCGUGUUCCUCUGCUUCGGGAGCAUGGGAGCCUUCAACGCGGAGCAGGUGAAAGAGAUCGCGUGCGCGCUGGAGGGAAGCGGGCAUAGAUUCUUGUGGUCUCUGCGCCGACCGGGCCAAGGAGCGUGGGCCAGCCCAACGGAGUACGAGGAUGUUAGUGAAGUUCUGCCGGAGGGAUUCCUUGAUCGGAUGAGAGAGGUGGGAAGGGUGACGGGAUGGGCCCCACAAGCGGCCGUCCUCGCUCACAGGUCCGUUGGAGGGUUCGUAUCUCACUGUGGCUGGAACUCCACGCUGGAGAGCCUGUGGUUUGGGGUGCCCAUGGCCACGUGGCCAAUGUACGCAGAACAACAAUUCAACGCCUUCCUGCUGGUGGAGGAGCUUCAGGUAGCCACGGAGGUUAGGAUUGAUUAUCGGACUGAGAGUGGGGAGAUCGUGUCGGCAGAGGAAAUCGAGAGAGGAAUCAGGAGCUUGAUGGAGGAGGAUUGCUCGAGGAAGACGAGAAUGAAGGAAUUUAGUGAUCAGGUCAAGGGUGCAUUGAUGGAUGGCGGAUCGUCUUCUUGUUCAAUCGUUGAAUUUUUUAGAGACGUGAGUAGUGCUGGCGAUGUAUGA